AUGCCAUUGCCACGUCACCACUUUGUGCCAUGCUGGCAGGCAGCGGUGCGGACUCUCCUCCUCCAGGGGCUGGUGGACGAGGAGCCCAAGGUCCAGUCAGCCGUGGGCCUCGCGAUUGCACACGUGGCAUCCUGUGAUUGGCCGGAGGAGUGGCCGGAGCUGAUGGAUCAUCUCAUGGCCGCCCUGGCUGACACUGCCCACCCCGACAGAGGUGGGGCGGGGAUUGGGGGGGAAGGGGAAAGAGCAGGAAAAAGGGGAGGGGAGGUAUGGGUAGUGGCAGCGGCAGUGGAGUGUCUGUCUCUCUUCGCAGAGGAGAUUGAUGAUGCACAGCUGCCUGCGCUUGUGCCCAAGCUCUUCCCCCCCAUCUUCGCCAUCGUCUCAAACCCCAACCAGGCAUACCGUCCAUCGGCGCGCAGAGGAGCUCUGAGCGUGCUGAGAGCCACCGUGGCCACUCUGGGCAUCAUGAGCGCCGUGUACCAGGAAGAGAGCAAGGCGAUCAUCAGCGAGUCCUUGCCUGCAUGGGUGGCUCAGUUCUCCGCCAUUCUCUCCUCGCCGCUCUCACAGCAUGACCCCCAAGACUGGGGCAUCCGGAAAGAGGUGCUCCGCUGCUUGACUCAGCUCAUCCAACAUUUUCCUGCUCUGCUGGAAUCGACAAUGCCAGGCAUCCUAGCAGCGCUGUGGCAGAGCUAUGUGUCGGGCAUCCCCCUGUACGAGCGACUGCUGGUGGCGGGCUUGCCUCUCCUGCCCCCCUCUGCUGCUGCAGCCGGGGAUGCAGGGGCAGCAGGGGGGGCUGCCAGCAGUGACGCCUCACAGGCUGGAGCUGGGGCAGGGGUGGCCGCGGAGGGGGGAGGGGGUGGGGGAGAAGGGUAUGAGUCAGCAGCUGACGAGCUAUCAGCGCUUGCCAUUCAGGCCUUUGAGUUCCUCCUGACGUUAGCAACCAAUUCCAGAUUCCAAAAGGGCCUGCAAGGCACAACAGAGGCGUUGGUCUACUUCGCCAUUGCCUACAUGCAGAUCACCGCAGCUCAGGAGGAGGAGUGGCAGCGUGACACUAACGAGUUUGUCUCAGAGGAGGACGACGAGGCCAUCAGCUGCCGCACCUCCGCUGCUGCACUGCUAGAGGAGCUGGUGGCGGAGUUCAAGGAUGAGGCGGUGCAGGGUAUAUCCACGGCGGUCCAGAGACGGCUUGGAGACACGGUGGUCAACCCCACGGAGCAUGCUCCUGCCUGGUGGAAGUUGCGAGAGGCAGCCAUCUUUGCUGCAGGUUCAGUCGCCGACACAUUUCUUCAGUACGAGAUGGAGGGCAAGCCAGUGUUUGACUCCAAGGCCUUCCUCGAUGCUCUGCUCUUGCAUGAUCUGGGCCCAAACGGAGCAGUCAACUUUCCCUUCCUCUACUGUCGCUGCCUCUGGGCCGCUGCUAGGUUCGCCUCUGACGCACCGACGGAGAAGAAGGUGCAGCUGCUGCGCGUGGCAGCAGAGGCUCUCAGCCAGGACAGGCCGCUGGUGAUCCGCAUAGGGGCGUGCCGAGCGCUGUCACGCCUGGCGCCCAACAUGCAAGCGGAGGACCUCCGGCCUGUGCUGCCCGCCAUCUACACCGGCAUCAGCCACAUGCUGCCCGAGGGAUCGGACGACACGCUUCAUCUUGCUCUCGAGUUGCUCACUGCUGUCAUCCGCUCAGACGCGGAGGUGACGGCGCAGAUGGAGCCGGUGGUGACGUCAGCGCUACUGGGCAUAUGGGCGGAGCACGUGAACGACCCGGUGAUCAGCUCUGAUACCAGUGACGCCCUCGAAGCCAUGGCCGACCUCCCCGCCUGCAUUGAUUCCAUCCUGCACAAAGCCAUCCCCCCGCUCUCCUCCAUCUUCUCCAAGCCAGAGGAGCAACCCAACGGUUUGGUGGCUGGAGGAAUGGAGCUACUGACAAUGCUUCUCAAGCGCACCCCCCCACCACUCGUCCGCCCAGUCUUCGAUGCCCUGUUUGCCCCACUAGCAGCGGUGGUGCUGCAGUCUGACGACCACACGGAGCUGCAGAACGGGGCGGAGGCACUGGCCAUGUUUGUGCGCAAGGGGGGAGAGGAGCUGGUGGCUGGCAGUGCUGACCCUGACGGCACCAUGAAGACCCUGCUCGAUGCUGCCGCCAAGCUUCUAAGCCCACAGCUGGAGCCGUCAGCGUCUCUCUUCGUGGGGCCACUGCUAGUGCAGCUCAUCCGGCGCGUGCCCUCGCGCAUGGCACCGCACCUGCAGGCGCUGGUGGCGGCCAUUGUGCACCGCAUGGCAGCCAAGCGCAUGCCCUCGCUCUCCGUCUCGCUGCUGCUCGUCUUCGCACGCCUGGUGCACUGGGCAUCACCGGACGUGCGCCCGCUGGUAGACCUGCUCUCGGCGAUGCCCCUGCCAGGCCACCCGUCGGCUCUCCACUUCCUGCUCUCCGAAUGGGCCAUGUACCACAGGGACAUACAUGGAGUGUAUCACAGCAAGGUGGCGUCAGCAGCCCUAGCGCUGCUGCUGGCCUCACGUGACCCGCGCCUGCUGCAAGUGCCCGUGCAGGGCCGGCUGGUGGCGACGUCCAAGGGCGUUGUCACUCGCUCGCGAGCGCGAGUGGUGGCGGACAAGUGGACAGAAAUGGCGUUUCCAGCUAAGGGCCUGUCACUGCUGGCAGGUGUGCUGCUGGAGGCGAAGGAGGAGGGCGAGCAGGCAGAGGCGUUGAGAGGGCAGGAUCGAGACAUAGAUGAGGACGACGAGGGAAGUGAGGAGGGAGGGGAGAAUGGCAAGGGGGGGAGGGAGGGGCUGGAGGGGCUGCCACCGGUGUUUGCUUCAGCGGAGCUCUUCUCGCACCUGUUGGACCAGGAGUUUGGUGAGGAUGCAGGAGAUGAUGACGACGAUGCUCUUGACGAUCCACUCAACCAGAUCAACCUGCCUGUGCUGAUUGCUGACGUCAUCAGGCAGCUAGCAACUCAAGAUCCAAAUCUCUUCCAGGCACUUUCUCAGGAGCUUACAGCGAGAGAGCGAUCAACCAUUCAGUCCACCCUCAAUGGCUCGUGA